GCAGACAAAAUGGCGGCGGGCGAAAGCGAUGGAGAGGAAGAGGGAGAUUUUGUCACUUUUGGGACCCCUCUGGAGCCCUUGGAGGAAGGCGAACGAAUUAAGAAACCAGUCCCUCUGCAAGAACAAACUGUCAGAGAUGAAAAGGGACGGUACAAACGUUUCCACGGAGCGUUUAGCGGUGGUUUCUCUGCCGGCUAUUUCAACACUGUGGGUUCGAAAGAAGGAUGGGCACCAUCAACCUUUGUAUCGUCACGUCAAAAGAGAGCAGAAAAAACAGUCCUGGGGCCAGAAGAUUUUAUGGACGAAGAGGAUCUUAGUGAACAUGGGAUAGCACCAAAGGAAAUUGCAGUUACAGAUGAAUAUGCUUCCAAGAGUAAGGAUCGAAUAAAAGAGAAAGCCAGACAAAUUGCAGGAGUUGUUGGUCCCAUUCCUGGAGCUGCUGUAUUGGAUGAAUUUAUAGCACCUCCCAAAAUAACCGUUGGUGUUGACUUGUUGCGAAAAAUGGGAUGGAAAGAAGGACAAGGUGUUGGACCUCGCGUAAAGAGAAAACCAUACAAGCAAAACCCUGUUGCAGAGUCUGACGUGAAAAUAUAUGGCUGUGCUUUGCCUCCAGGAUCUGAAGAAACAGAGGAGGAAGAGGAUGAAUAUCAGCCAGAAAAUGUGACAUUUGCUCCCAAAGAUAUAAUGCCUGUAGACCUGACCCCUAAAGAGAAUGUUCAUGGACUUGGCUAUAAAGGCCUGGAUCCAACCAAAGCCUUAUUUGGAGUUUCAGAAGAACACCUACACCUUUUUAGUCCUAGUUCUGAAAAUUCAACUCUACUUGGUGAUCUCCGGCAGAGCAAAGGACGGAAGCUUGGUAUUUUGGGGCAGGCUUUUGGUGUAGGAGCUUUGGAAGAAGAAGAUGAUGACAUUUAUGCUACUGAAUCACUUUGUAAAUAUGACACUGUUCUGAAAGAUGAGGAGCCUGGUGAUGAGUUAUGUGGGUGGACAGCACCUAAGCAGCAUAAAAGCAAGCAAGAAAUAGAGAGAGAGCUGAAAUAUAUUGGAAAAAUUUUGGAAGGUUUCUCAGUGGCAUCUAAAUCAAUUGCUUCUCCAAAGAUUUAUCCUCCUCCUGACUUGCCAAGGGAUUACAGACCAGUCCAUUACUUUCGACCAGUGAUAAAAGCUAGUAGUGAAAACUCACACUUAGUGCAGGCGUUAGCAGAAUCCACUGGGAAGCUUGAGUGUGAUACAGCACUACAAGGCAGACACCAAAGGACUGCUUCUCAGAGGAGGGAAUUGCUGGGCGAGACUAGUCUUAAAGGUCCAACAACUUCUGUUCUAGAGUAUUUGUCAGAUAAAGACAAAGAAAGAAUCCAAGAAGUGAAACAAGCAUCAGAACAUCAAAUGAAAACUCCAGCAGUGCCCCCAAAAUUCUUGCAUAACAGACCCCAGGCAUCUGCUUUACAUGAUACUCCACCAAAGUGGCAGCUAGUGCUGGGAACGCAGCUACCCUCAACUGGUUCUAAUGAUUUCAGACCAUUUGCAAAAGAUCCAGAAAAGCAAAAGAGAUAUGAAAAUUACACAACAAAUCUCAAACAUGGAACAAAAGUGGAAGUGCUAGAAAGCUGUUUAGAUCCUAAUAUGACAGAAUGGGAGCGUAGGAGAGAACAAGAAGAAUUUGCUCGUGCUGCGAUGCUGUACAAACCUUCUAGCUCUGUCCUGUCUUCAAGGUUUACUUCUGCAAAGCAUGAAGAUGACACUGAUAAAGUAGAAGUUCCUCGAGAUCAAGAGACUGAUGUUGAUGACAAAAAGGCAGCUGCAAAUAUGAAAAUGUUUGGCAAGCUCACAAGAGAGACAUUUGAGUGGCACCCAGAUAAACUACUGUGCAAAAGGUUUAAUGUUCCUGAUCCCUAUUCAGAGUCAUGUAUAGUUGGAUUACCCAAAGUGAAACGUGACAAGUAUUCUGUGUUCAAUUUCUUGACGGUAUCAGAGUCCACAUCAGUAACACUGAACCAGCCCACUGCAAAAGGAGUGCAACAGAAUAGUAUUCAAAACAAGCCAAAGAAGCCAUCAAGAUGGGAUGUGUCUGAUAAAGAGAAGAAGAAGAAAGAUGCUAUUAGUGAGUUUAUAAAUUUAGCUCAAUCAAAGGUUAAUAUCCAGGAGCACCCGGCGACACCAACUGAAUUGAAGGAUAAAAAAAAGACUGAUGAACAUUUUGCCAACAAGACAGUAAAUGAUGGUACGAGUCAGAAUGAAGAAGUAGCAGAAGAAGAAAGCAGGCCAUCUAUGGAUUUGUUUAAAGCCAUCUUUGCCAGCUCCUCAGAUGAACAGUCAUCUUCAUCAGAAGAAGAAAGUGAUGGUGAAGAGCAAACAGCAACAGUGACAGAACCAGUUUCUGAAAAUACGAAGUAUCAUUCUCCUUUACCUUUUAGUCAAGAAAGCAAAGCUGUCACACCUGAAUCUUCUGUUACUGUAACUCCUCCCUCAAUGAAAGUAGUGGAUCAAGGAGAAGAAUUUGGACCAAAAUUGCCUCCAGUUGUUCCUUCUGACAUUCCUUUGAAACAUGAGCAAAUACAGCUUGCAAGUUCUCCUGAAGCCACUAAGAAGCCUAAAAAGAGCAAAGAAAAACAUAAGACUAAAAGAGAACACAAACACAAAAAAGAAAAGAAAAAGAAACACAAGAAAUCCAAACACAAGAGCAAACAUAAGAAUAAGAAAUCCAAACAGAACAGUGGCUCGGACACUGCUGAUAGCAGUGAUAGCAACUGUGAGGAAGAAACUGCAGAUAUACCACCGCAAGAAUUUUUAAAAAGGCUGAAAAGUCUUCCAUUUGUAAAGCGGUAGUUUGGAUCCCUGUUUUAUCUUUUGCUUUGAAAACAGAUCUCCUCUAUGAUGGAAGAUCAGCAGUGUAAAGCUUAUUUUGACGUCCUGUAUAUAUUGUAUUUAUCUUGGAUUUGAUAGCAUUAAAAAUAUAUAUGCUGAUCUAUGUGUUUUCCGUUAAAAAUCAGAUUAAGUGUGAAAUGCUGGAAAAGAUUCUUCGAUUUUAAAUAUUGUAAUAUUAAAAUUGAUCAUGACAAUUCUGCAUUUUAAUGAAAACCAGCAUGAGAAAAUUUUAAUAAAUUAAUUUUACCAAUCUUA